CAACCUGAUACAAGGCUUCAUUCUCCCGUGGAAAUAUAAUCCCAUACUAUGAUAUCCCCUUGUCGGACACGAAGCCUAAAACGGUCGACAGAAUUAGGAGGUUGAGAAGAAGAUUCUCAGUCAGUCACACUGCCGAUUGUCGCUGACUGCGUGCACGGACGGACCCGAGAGCUGCACCCAGGCGAAGCUGUUGGGCUGAAGGAGAAGCGGAAAGCGAAACCCAGAAGCCGAAGCCACUGAGUUUGCCGUGACCCGGAGUAUUAUUCACGGCAUUUUCCGAGCAUAUCUGGACAUGUCUGAUUCAAAACCAAGCCAGGCAAAGCGGACUCUUCCUUCGUGGAUGAGUUCUAGACCGGAUAAGAGUAAAACUCUUGGCCAGAAUGCUGGUUCUGAAGCAAAUGAGGAUUGUGGACCUGCCAGCAGAACGGUCAGCGGGGCCGCGAAAUUCUCAAAACUUCUGGAAGGGGUGGUUUUUGUUCUGUCUGGUUUUGUCAAUCCAGAGCGCAGCACUUUACGGUCGCAGGCCCUUGAGAUGGGAGCAGAAUAUCAACCUGACUGGAACUCCAAUUGCACACUAUUGGUCUGUGCUUUCCCGAACACGCCAAAGUUCCGACAGGUUGAGGCAGAUAAUGGAACAAUCGUUUCAAAGGAAUGGAUAUCAGAGUGUUACUCUCAAAAGAAGCUAGUUGACAUAGAAGUUUAUCUUAUGCAUGCUGGGAAACCAUGGAGGAGAAGCAAUCAAUCUGAUAAGGCUCUCCAAGAUCAAGAAACAUCAUUGAGUAAAAAUUCUCAUAAGAAAGUAGAGAAAGGAUCAGGCUCGAAAAAGUCAACUCCCUCAGUAUCCUCAAAGAAUGCCAGCCGUGAUCUCACUGAACAACUUCCGAGUCCCUCGAAAGUGAAGAGCUGGGUUUCCAAUGAUCUAAACAGAACCAUCUCAUGGCUUGAGUGCCAAGAAGAGAAGCCUGAGGAGUUCGAGAUCAGGAAGAUAGCUGCUGAAGGAAUAUUAACCUGCUUACAAGAUGCAAUCGAUGCCCUCGAGCAAAACCAGGUGGUCCAAAGAGUUUGUGAACAAUGGAAUAUAUUACCACAGGCGGUUGAGGAGCUCAUCAAACUCGAGGGCUCGAGAAGCCGCCCUUCCUUGAUCUCGAAUGAAGAUAUUCGUAAAUGGGCUUCGAACUGUAAGCAGAUUUAUGAAGAUGAAUAUAAAAGCUUGGAAGAAAGUUCCCAGAAGAAGAGGGGAAGUUCGAGAAAGGAAGCCGUGAUCUCCAAAGGUUCAGCAGGGUAUGACAGUGACGAAACCAUUGAGAUGACCGAAGAGGAGAUCGAUCUUGCACUCAAUAGAGUGGCUUCUGAAGUUCCAAAAAUUUCGAGGUAGCCAUUUUAAGUGUUUUGAUGCUAAUGUAGGAAUUGCUGACCUCCACAAUUUUAGAGCAUUACAGAGAGGGUGUUUGUGCCGGUUGAUGGAACCAAUAAAAGCUUGGCGCAAGAGGUGAAAACAGGGCGCAGUUUUUUUUCAACUUUCUAACAGCAAGGACAUGCUUUUGUUCAUUCUACAAGUGACUCGGUUCGUUUUGAACUUACUAGCGAGGACAUGUUUUCAUUUAUUCCUCAA